CCCGAAAAACUUUUUUCUCCUGUCAUCGAUAAAAAGAUAUGUCAAUCAUAAUCCAUUACCGUUGCUAUGGAUUCAUUGUAUAUUUUUCCUAUGUGCUUCUAAAAACUUGGUGUUUUCAGACAAAGGCAAGCAGCACAGCAGAAAACUAUAGUAGCUAAUCCAUUAAAGUUAAAGUAAUUAAUAUCAAAGUUAAUAUUUUCUCAGCAUCUAUAAGUUUGAAAGAUGACUGAAAAGAAAUCUUUGAAUAGUCUUAUUAUUCAUCCAGACAUUGAACCCGGAGUUAUAGAUAAUGCUAUGAUAACCCGAUGUAUUCUAGAAUACGGACCUACUGAAGAAGCGGGAAGACUAUUCGCGGAAGAAGGUGUCCAUAUAGACGAGGCAACAAUAGUUCGACUCGAAUUUCAAAACAUACUAAGAAUCGAUCAUCUUUGGAUGUUAAAAUCACUUACAAAGCUAACUUUAGCCCACAACUUGAUUGAAAAAAUAGAAAAUCUCGAAUUAUUAACAGGCUUAAAUGAAUUAGAUUUAUCUUUCAACAAGAUAGAAAGGAUUGAAAACUUGGAUGCAUUGGUCAAUUUAGAAAUUUUAACUUUGUUUCACAAUAAAAUAAGGAAACUAGAAAAUUUAGACUCGAUUACUAAACUACUCGUAUUUAGUAUUGGAGAUAAUUUAAUUGAAGAUUAUAAAGAGAUGGCGUACUUGAGAAGGUUUCGGUUCCUCCGGUCUGUAAGUUUUAGAGGUAACCCUUGCUGCGACGAUCCUAUGGCUUAUCAAUUUCUCAAAUCCGCUUUGACUAAAGUAACAUAUUUGGAUUACAAAAUAAUUACGGAGGAAGAAAGAGAGAGUGGUGUUGCUUUAUUUAGGGGUUUGUUACGAAGGUUGGAUGAAUCUGAUGAAAAAGCUGAAAAGGAAAGAAUAGCUAAAGAGGAAUACGACGCGAAAGUCGAAUUCUAUGCGCUAUCGUUUGUGGAGUACCUGAGUGGUCCUGAACUACUGGACUCCAUGUUCCAGAAGGAUCCCGAUGGUUCUCUACUGCUGAAGCUCGGUGGAGAGCUGUUGAAUUUCUAUGAAGAGUACAAGGAACAAUAUGUGGAGACGAUGGCGGCGCUUGUGGAAUACGCUCAAGAAGCCUACAACGCAAGGCAGGUAGAAGUUAAACUGUUCAGAGAUCUGGUGGACAAUGCACUUGCUGAUAGCGUUAGUAAGAGUAAAGAGAUAGUUAAAAAAUUCGAGGAAAAGAAGCUAGGACUCGUGAAUCAAAUGAACGAGGUGAUAGCAAAGUUUAUGACCAAACAAGCGACUUUGGAGGAACUGGAGCCUAACAUCGUGGACCUCGGGGAGGCUUUCAACGACUCCUUGUACGAAAUGUGGAAGAAUUUAAUGACUAUAGAGAUGCAGCUGUACGAACAAUGCGAGGUAAUUAAAAUACAUCUAAAAUUGUAUUACUUCUAGUAAACUUUAGAGUUUGA